AUGAUAUUCAAUAUUCAAUUUUAUAAGACUAGUAUAACAACAAAACCUAUUGCAGAUUUUAUAUUAGCACAUGAACCUGAUGUUGUUUGUCUUCAAGAAAAUUUUUAUUUUUCUGAUUGGCAUUUGAUGACAUUAGCACCAUUAAAUUUAGAUAAAGAAUAUUUUCUUGCUAAUGAUUGUAAAGCUGAACACGUAACUGGAAAUGUUCAUUUAUCAAAUACAAUUUACGUUCGAAAAAAAUAUUUUAAUUUUACUCAAGCAUUAUCAAAUGUUAAUCUUCGAAUUACUGAUGAAACACCACGUUGUUCAUCAAUUAUUCAAUUAUUUGAUACAACAAUAGCUAAUGUACAUUUAUCUGGUGGACGAUUUGAUGAUAAAAAUUUUAAAAAAUUACAAAAUCAUAAAUAUUUACAAUUAAAACGACUUAUUGAUAUACAUGAUCCAGAUAUUAUUUUAGGUGAUUUUAAUAAUGAAAAUUCAGAAGCAGCAAUGAUGAAACAAUUAAAUAAUUACGAAUUUUAUCAAAAUUUAGACACAUUAAGUAAAGAUGAAUUUAUCAAUUAUUACUAUGGUGGGUCAUGUUAUUUGCAGGAUCAAACAGAUUAUGUUCCUGCUUACAAUGAGACAAUCAUUGGAUCAACAAGUAUUUUUGGUGGUACACCAGAUUGGGUUUAUGUCAGAAAUCAAACACGUUUAACAGGUCGAAUCAAUAAUUUUAAUACAAUUGCAAUGGAAUUAUCUGAUCAUAAUGCAGUGAUAGUGGAAUAUUUAUUUCCUAUAAAUCCAAAUGUUUGA